UGUGUCCGAAAUUUCCAUUGAUGAUUUUUUUAUCGUAUCACUUAGACCGUUUAUCUUUUUCAGUUUUUAUUGUAUUUAAUCUGUUCAUUGAGUUAUAUAUAAAUAAGUUCUCACGUCAUGGAGAGCAACGGAGACAGCGUCCAGUCUGGAGUGGCGUGCAUAAAGAAAGAGUUCUUGUUGAGUUGGACGAGAGCCGCGCUGGACCAGGACGCCGGCAACGCCUCGACCGCCCCUGUAGCUGCCAAGCGUCCUGCCGACGACGUGCAUGCCGAGGCUCCGGCACAUAAGAAGAAUAAAGGUCAAAACAAGAACCGCCCUCGCAUGACUCGCCAGCCACGAUCCGCCAAACUGUGCAGAUUUCUCUGGGCCAUGACACGAGAAGACUUAGAAGAAGCCAUAGCAAAAAGCAAGCUCUCCACAACACAAGCCAAUGGUUCUUCAGAGAUACCUCCUAGUAGCAAACAUAACGAAGCCUCCAAUGACACUGGAACAGCAUCAGACACUAAUUCCCUUAAUGAAGAAAAAACUGAACCUUCUAAAAUAUCAGCACAUGUUACGUGCGUCAAAACUCGCCACCCUCUUUGUGUGUUCCCAAAGUGUGAUUUCUUGCACGACGUACAAGCCUUUCUGGCGUCGAAGCAGCAAGACAUCGGCGAGAAGUGCCACAGCUUCGUGACUUAUGGCCGGUGUCCUUAUGGGCUCAUCUGUAGUUAUGUCAAAACUCGCCACCCUCUUUGUGUGUUCCCAAAGUGUGAUUUCUUGCACGACGUACAAGCCUUUCUGGCGUCGAAGCAGCAAGACAUCGACGAGAAGUGCCACAGCUUCGUGACUUACGGCCGGUGUCCUUAUGGGCUCAUCUGUAGGUUCGGAAGCGAGCACAUCAAGGAUGGCUUCAACGUCGUGAACAAAGAACUGUGGAGCGUCUACCAGCACAAGGAGCUUCAUACUCUGUGUGCUUACUUUCAAAUAUUUUUUCAGAUUCAAACUGCACUCCGCAAAAGAAAUUACGAAUUCAAGCUCGCGGGAGAAGCGCUGAAGGCGGCUGAAACUGAGAAAAAUAUGUGUACUAAUGGCACCAAGGGAGCUGUUGCAGGGGUCACUUGUGCAGACGAAAAGAAACAAAUUCCAUAUGUCAUGACUGAUGAUCUCACGAGUGAUAACGGUCAUAACGUGCCUAUUGUCGAUAGUGUUUCUAAUUGUGAUGCUGUUAAAAAUUCGGUAGUAGAUUCUGGUCCUAUUUCUGGUACGUCGAGCGAGCGUCUUAGUCCGUCUGGAUUGCAUCAUGAAGAAACUUCUCACGUUGCGUGUUUUGGCGAGACAAAAAAUGUGAAUAUUGUUGACAUGGAGAAGGAUGCACUGAAAGAACAGAAGUCUUGUUUAUUAGGGCCUGCUUCUGAUGAAGACAUGAUCAGAGUACGGCCCAAAGAAAAGCGAAAGGUGACGUGGAAGGACCAGCUCUACCUGGCCCCCCUCACCACGCUCGGCAACUUGCCUUUCCGCCGCAUCUGCCGCAGACUGGGCGCCGACAUUACAUGUGGCGAGAUGGCGCUCGCCGCAAACUUGCUGCAGGGGCAGCCCUCUGAGUGGGCGCUGGUCAAGCGGCACCACACUGAGACAGUUUUUGGUGUCCAGGUGUGUGGCAGCAACCCUGCAGUGAUGGUCAAGUGUGCGGAGUUGCUGGCUGACAACAUCUCCAUGGACUUCGUGGACAUCAACAUGGGGUGUCCCAUUGAUCUCAUCUACCAACAGGGAGCUGGGAGCGCUCUAAUGCGGCGGCAGGGAGCGCUGGAGCUCAUGGUGCGCGGCAUGACGCGCGUGCUGCCCUGUCCUCUGACGGUGAAAAUGCGCACCUCCAUACACACGGGGGACAAAGUUGCCCACACCCUCAUACCGCGCUGCAGGGCCUGGGGCGCCGACAUGGUCACGUUGCACGGACGAUCGCGUGAGCAGCGCUACACCAAGACAUCAGACUGGCAGUACAUCAAGGAGUGCGCGGCGGUUGCCGACCCCAUGCCUUUGUUCGGCAACGGUGACGUGCUUUCUUACGAGGACUACAACAACUAUAAACAACUUUCUGCAGUUACAGGCAUUAUGAUUGGACGAGGAGCGUUGAUAAAGCCGUGGAUCUUCACAGAGAUCAAAGAACAAAGGCAUUGGGACAUCUCGUCUCAAGAACGCUUCCAGAUCCUCAGAGACUUCGUCAACGCCGGAUUCGAACACUGGGGAUCUGACGCUGAGGGCGUGGAGAAAACCCGCGUGUUUCUGCUAGAAUGGCUGUCGUUUUUGUGCCGCUACGUGCCCGUGGGGCUGCUGGAGAGGCCCCCGCAGACUAUGAACCUCAAGCCGCCGCUCUUCAGCGGCCGAGACCAACUUGAGACUCUCAUGGCUUCGAGAGACUCGCGGGACUGGAUUAAAAUCAGUGAAAUGCUUCUUGGACCUGUACCAGAAAACUUCGCCUUCCUACCAAAACACAAAGCUAACUCGUGGACUUGAAUUGUACCUUUACCGAGCAGUGCGUGGAUCCUUGGACAUCGACUAACUCGUCUUCAAAAUUGUACUCGUUUUAACUGAUUCAUUUCAAAUCAUCAUCAAGUCCUAAACCAGUAAUGAUGAAACUCUAUGCUUAUGUUCUACAAAAUCCAUCUCUAGAGAUUUGGUAAUGCACAAUACAUUAGUUUAUCACACAUUGGGGGGGGGACAUUUCCUGCCUGAAUGGGUUGUUCACUGUGCCACUGAAGUCAGUCUCAUCUCUUCCUGUUGGUGGGGAUUAAGAAUGUUCCAGCCACCGGUGAACUGAUACCACCUCACCACCCCAGGUUUACGAAGUUUACGGUUCUCAACAUAAAACCCCGGUAGAGGAGCCGUCGCAACAUAUGCAUACUCAUCAAGUUAAUGCAGCCUCUCACAAUUCUGUCAAAUUCUUUCCAUUAAUGUAUCAAUCCUUACGGAAGGAUAGGUACCACUCAUGAUUGUAGGUAUGUUCAUAGGAAUUGUGUUGGCGUGUAACUUUAGUUUUCCUUACUGUCACCGUUGGGAUAAUGCAAGUUUUGUGAUUUUAUGUUGAACUAUUUAAGUAUAGAUUGUUGAAAAUAUGCUACAA